AUGGAAGAUGAAGAAGCUUCGCAAAAACUUGUGCAUGGAAACAUUGAAAUGGCAGAAAGAGGAGAAGCCAUAAACCCAACGACGAGACUUGAUGAAGUAGUUGAAAAUUACAUAGGAUCCUUAGGAUUCUCGCAGCUAAUACAUGUCUUCUUGAUCUCAUUGGCAUGGAUUUUUGAUUCACAAAACACAUUAGUUACUAUCUUCAGUGACGCGCAGCCACCUGCUUGGAGAUGCAUAUCACCUCUCCAACUCCAUGCAAAUACUGGCAGCUUCUCUUUGUGCAUCAAUGGAGGAGGUAGUAGCAAAGGUGGGGAUGUAGCUGGCUCUGUUUGUGGGCUGCCAUCGGGGACAUGGGAAUGGGUUGGUGGGAAUACAAGCUCUAUUUAUUGUGGACAUCAAGCCUUUCUAAAAAAUUAUUACGGUUCUGCUUUUUUUGGUUUCCUGGCUGACAAAUACUUAGGUAGGAAAAGAGCAGUGCUCCUCUCAUGUAUCUUAACCUCAAUAACAGCCUUUCUCUCCUCACUCUCACCAACUAUAUCAUUUCUCCGCUUUGCAAAUGCUUUUGCUCGAUCAGGAAUACGGAUAUGCUGUCUUGUUCUGCCUACUGAAGCUGGUAGGAAAUGGCGUGGUCAAAUUGGCCAAUAUGGCUUCUUUUUGUUUACUGCAGGCUUUCUUUCUCUCCCUUUAAUUGCCUAUCCUACAAGAACUAACUGGAGGGGUUUAUACAGGAUCGUGUCUCUAUUUCCCCUCGUCUACUCUCUCAUAUUUCUCCCUUUUGUUUCCGAGUCUCCUCGUUGGCUUCUUGUUAGAUUGCGAAGCAGAGAAGCUCUUGAUAUAUUGAAGAGGUUUGCAAGACUCAACGGCAAGGAGUUGCCACCCAAUUUGGCUCUCGCAAAUCCAUCAUCUCCAAAAUUGGGUGGUGGUGCUGGAAUAAAAGCAGAAACUAAGGCUGGUGAAAAUGAAGGGCUGUGGGGCACUCCAUGGGCUGCUAAACAAAUGACGGUUAUGGUAACUGGUUUUGGAGCUGGCUUUGUUUACUAUGGCGUUCAGCUGAACGUUGAAAACCUUAACUUCAACCUCUACUUCACCGUUGCAGUCAAUGCAUUAAUGGAGAUUCCUGCAGUUCUUAUAGGUACUAUUCUCUUGGGCUUCACAAACCGACGUAUGCUCUUCUCGCUGUCUGUAUUAUUGGCAGGAGCUUCGUGCAUUCUUUGCAUCACCUUCUCCCAUGGAAGACGGAGAGCAAAGGGUGAUGAAUCUAGUGGGAGUUGGCCACAGUUAGUCUUGGAAGGCAUUGGUUUUAUGGCUGCUUCGAUGGCAUUUGACGUGCUGCAUAUUUAUGAGCUUUUCCCCACCAAUGUCAGGAACUUUGCUGUUUCAAUGUUGCGGCAGUUAUUGAUGCUGGGGGCUUCCAUAGCACCUCUACUGGUUGUCUUUGGUCGUUUAAGUCCAUCCCUUUCUUUCCUUGUUGGUCUGCUUUCUGUUUUCAGUGGAGUCCUGAGUUUAUGGUUGCCAGAGACUGGAAAUGCUCCACUUUAUGAAACCCUAAAGCAGCAAGAAGAAGAUGAGAAGCAGACUUGUGAAAUCAGAUGACUCAGAUAUCUGGAACUUGUGAAGCAUAUUCAGUAUGCACAAAUGCUUGGGCUGUGAAGAAAGUU